AUGUGCCUUUUGAGUCUUGCCAGGGCUCCUGGAGAAUCAUCCUAAUUGUCCCCUGACUGGUGUAGCCCCAUGUCCCAUGACUGACGGGUGCUCCCUCUUCUUGCAGGCUCUGUACAACAGCUAUUCGCAGAGCCUGGAUGUCCUGCUCAGGGGCCAGCUGACAGAGACCCCCACCAUGGAGAAGCUGCAGCACCUCCUGGAGAACAUCCAUCUCUCUCUCCUGUCCAAAAACACCCAGGAGAGAGCCAGGGCCGUACAGACCAGCGCGGCCCUGCUCCAGUUUGCCAUCUCCCUGCCUGGAUUUGACACCUCCUCCGACUUCUCCAAGGCAGGCGAAUUCGUGCUGCAGCUGGGUCUCUGUAUAUCCCACCCAGCCAGUGACAUCAGUCUGCAAGCCAAGGGCAGGAUAUAUUGGCUUUACUGGCUCCUGCUUCAGAAGAGGGGGCUCAACACCAGAGAGGCACCAGACCUGUGGUGCCGGGAUGGGCUCCAUAACCCCGAGAGCCUGCAGUAUAGAAACCUGGCCAGGGUGGGAGAGGUCUUCAGAGAAAUAUUCACUGAAGACCAGAAGCGCAGUUUUCUCCAGGCGGGGCUGCUGGCCAUUCACUACCCGCUCCUCCGCGUCAGCCAGGCUGGCCUGAUGCUGACCUAUUCGAUCUUGGGGGAAACCGACCAGCUGAUGGGGUACAAGCCUCGCUCCAGGCCCUCCACCCACCCGCUCCAGCCCUGCCUCCUCCUCCUCCUGAUCUUCCCCAGACCCUCCAAUUUCGACUACACGGAUUCGACCUUUGGCCUGGAUAUGGACUUUGGCUCGUACUUCUGA